AGCCCUGUCACUGUGAUCAGGUUCCUCCUUCUAAUCCACCAAUUAAGGGCCCCAUCUGGCACCAGGAGCAGCUACAACGUCCACCAGAGGGAGACACACUCUGUUAACCUUCAAUAUGAUGUAGUCUAGAAUCACUUUACCUUAGAAGUGUAACUGAGAGAAGAGAAACUACAGAGCUACGAGGAGACGGAGAGACUCAGGGAGGAGCUGAGCUGUUACUGAACUAUAGAAGAGAGAGGAACUUCUAGAUUCAACAGAGAUCAAUACACACACCAUCAACAUUACCUUUAUUCAACAUGCUGCCACUGCAGCAUUGGGGGUUUUCUCUGAUGUUUCUCUCCAUCCUCACAGGAGUCAGCUGUGGACUUACUCCAUCAAAGAAAGCAGAGAACAGUUUAGAAGACAGCUCUGUGACUCUGUCCUACAAAUACUCUGAAAUGUCAUCUAGUGAUUAUUUCUUCUGGUACCGACAAUAUCCAGGAAAACCACCAGAGCUCCUCAUCUCACACUCUGCUUCAGGACAAGUAGGAAACGAAUUAAUCCCCGGACUGAAGAUUGAAGUGAAGGACAAAAUAAUCUAUAUGAUCAUCUCCUCAGCUAAACUGUCUGACUCUGCUGUGUACUACUGUGCUCUGAGGCCCACAGUGACAGGAAACACCAAAACUCUGUACAAACUGGAUGUUGAGAAGAAGGGCUGCCCAUCAGAGAGGCUGUUUAGUUGUUCAUUCUACUGCAGUGGAGGAACAUUGAUCAUCUGCUGUCUGUUUGGCUUUAACAACUCCAAAGACAUGUUGCUUUACCUCUUUUUACUCUUCUCUCCCUUUAUAGCCCUGGGUUCCAUGAACAGCAUAAAGCCAGAAAGUAGUGAAGAACAUGUUGCAGAGGGCAGAAACAUCAAUCUGACCUGUACAUAUGAGGGAGCUAUCUACAGUAUCCAGUGGUACCGACAAUACCAGAGAUCCAGACCAGAGUUCCUGCUCUACAUCACAGAGGGAGGAUCAAUUCAUCCAACUGGUUCUGAUUUCUCAGCUCACAUUGACAAGACAAGGAAACGUGUUGAUCUGGAGAUCAUCUCAGCUAAAGUCACAGACUCUGCUGUGUACUACUGUGCUCUGACGUCCACAGUGACAGGAAAUACCAAAACUCUGUACAAAAACCUUUGGAGCAAAGACAACACAAUACUCCACAACGUCCACCAGAGGGAGUCA